AUGGAGCGUUGUGGAGACUCUUUGAAGCAAAAUUGCUCGGCCAUGCGCGGGCCUCUUGUUCAAUUACGGGAGAAGGCUAACAGCGCUGGAAUAAUGGAGCAGAGGAGCAAAUGUGGAGUGAUGGAAGCGCCCAGGUCCUUGGAACAGCAGCUUAUUGUUGAUAAACAAGGAAAAACUUCUGUGCAUGCAGAGGAAACAGACAUGAAAACCGGUAUCUGCGACGGCAAAAUACCAGUUUUGGCAACGGCACCACAGAUUAAACCCGAACCAGCAGAAAUUGCAGAAGAAAUAUUUAAAGGGCCUGCUUCUCCUCCUAGCCCUUUUGAUGAGCAGAUUUCUGGAGCAGCUUCAGUGGACUGGGUAUCGUUGGAAAACCAGGUUUUAAGGUUAUCUCUCCAUUUGCAAAUUGACACAAACGAGGUCAAGCCAAACUCGAAGAUCGGUAGGACAGUGAUAAUGGUGUCUCUCAAGGGGGUCAACAGCAGUCACAGGAAUGACAUCACGAAGUUGCAGCCUUCAGUCCAUGUAGGGAGAGUUAUGCGGACUGUAAAGAAGUCCCAUAUAGCCGGAAUAUGUUCAAAGGACUGCAUGAAGUCGCAUUCCCCCUUCAGGAUUCGUUCUCAAGGAGGGGACCGAGCUAGCAUUGCUGACUUGACUGUGGAUCUAUCUGACAGCAUGAGAAAGUUCAGCUGGGAUGAAUUGUGGACUGCAGCUAAGGCGAAGGACUCCCGUCUUCAUGGAGCUUGGGUUAUGACAAGCAGGGCUGAGCUUUCUAUGGCAGAAAGCCAGAAGCAUGCGAAUGUGCGCCAAAGGCCAUUCCUGCACCAGAAAAGGAAACUGUCGAAAAUGACCCCUGCAGCCUUUCAGCUGAAUCAUGUCAUCUCAAUCAUUGCAUUGCACUAA